AUGCCUUACAACAACACCCCAAUCACUCCCUCCACCGAGAUCACCGGCACCGUAUCCCUUCCCCUCGCCAGAGUCAAGAAGAUCAUCCACGCCGACGACGACAUCGCCAAUUGCUCAAACAACGCCGCCUUUGCCAUCACCGCUGCCACCGAGCUCUUCCUACAAUACCUGGUCGAACAGACUCAAAAUGUCGUCAAGGCCGAGAAGAAGCCCAGGAGAAACAUUCAAUACAAGGAUGUCGCUAGUGCCGUCGCCCGCGUAGACAACCUCGAAUUCCUGGCCGACGUCGUGCCCAAAACUGUUAGCUACAAGGAGCACAAGGCCAAGAAGCAGAGAGAGGAGAAGGAAGCUGGACAGACCACUCUUCCCUUGGUCGCUGCCACUGCCACACCUGCAGCCGACCUUCCUGCUACUGCUGCGCUCCCUGCUCUGUCUGAUCCUGUCCCUGCUCCCAUCCAGGCACAACUCCUCGACCCAAUGGACGAAACUUCAUGA